AUGGAGAAUACUUACUCACCUAGUUUCCACCUUCUUCCUUCUGGUCUCAUCAACCCGAAUUGCUUGAACUUGAUUGGUUCAGGUGUUGUUUUCCAUGUCCCAUCAUUCUUCAGAGAGCUCAAAGAACUUGAUGAGAAAGGCCUCCCCCGAGUUUACGAUCGUAUCCUCGUCUCGGACCGGGUUCAUAUUAACUUGGACCUUCACAUUGCUGUCGAUGGCCUUGAAGAGGCUGAGCUUGGAGAGCAAAAAAUUGGAACCACAGGCCGUGGAAUUGGCCCAUGUUACAGUACAAAGGCUGCACGAACUGGAAUCCGAUUAGCAGAGGUCUUCAAAACCGAGCUGUUUGAGUCAAAACUUCGGCGACUUGCAUCAGGCUUCGCCAAGAGAUACGGGGACUUGCUGAAGUAUGACGUUGAGGACGAAAUCGCCCGUUUUAGAGAAUACCGUCCGAAGCUUGCCGGAUUCACCGUCGAUGCCGUGUCCUUCAUGCGGUCUGCGCAAGAGAAGAACAUGAACAUUCUUGUGGAGGGUGCGAAUGCAUUAUUGGCGGGUUGCACCUUAAUCCCCGUGGCCUCACAGAAGUGA